AUGAUUAUUAUAUUUUCUCUCCUUACUUUAACUUCUUCCUCUGAUUGUUCUAACAAUCCCUUUGCUCAGAAUUAUUUGAAUCUCUUACAAAAUCUAGAAAUUGACAUUCAACAAUAUAAUACGUAUAUGUUAUCAACUCCAAAAGAUUAAGUAUUUCUACUUACUUAUUAUUAGACAUUAAAUAUAUGUUCAAAAAUGAGUACCUCAUCUUGUUGUACAUCAUAAACUGAAACCUUUUUUUAAUCCAUUAUAGUUAAAUAUUAAUCCAAAUUGUUAGACAAUAAUAGCGAAUUGUUGAAUUUAUUGAAGAAAUUUUAAAGUGAUCUUAAAAUUUGUGGAUUACUAAACAAUACUUCAUUCGAAAACUCUUUUAUUGGGGCCGAUAGCAUCAAUAAUUACAAAUAGCAAUUAAGAUAAUUCGCUAAAUUAUAAGCAGGGUUCCUGUAAGGUAAUUUAUGUAUCCUUUGUGUGGGUUCUAAUGACACAAAAUUCAUAUUGAAUAAUAAAAUUGUUGCUUUGAAAUCAAAUUAUGAUAAUUAUAUAGUGAAUCUGAUUAAUCAAUACGACUCUUUACAAAGUCAGAUAAUAAAUUUUAAAUAGUAUGUUUUAGAUUAUUAUGUAAAUUACACAAACACAUUGAAUUGCAGUACUGCUUUGGAAGUAUUUUUGGAAUCUUGGUAGAAUGUAGUAGUUUGUCCUGGAAACAAUUGUGAAAAAUAUAUAAUGAAUACAAUAUAGCCAAUGGGAUUUAGACAAUUAAUGGCUGAAGACUACUAUAUAUUAAGCGAGAGUGAUGGGAUCAAUGUGUACAUAGAAGUGAAUGAGUAAGAUGUAGUAUCGUAAGGUGUAAUAUUAAUGUUGAUAUUUGGAUUGAUACUAGAAAUGUGAUAUAAUUAGUGCGUGGUGGU